AUUCAAGUUACUCACUUGAAAAUUCAAGUUACUCACUUGAAAAUUCAAGUUACUCACUUGAAAAUUCAACAUACUAACUUGAAAAUUCAACAUACUAACUUGAAAAUUCAAGUUACUCACUUGAAAAUUCAAGUUACUCACUUGAAAAUUCAACAUACUAACUUGAAAAUUCAACAUACUAACUUGAACAUAUUAACUUGA